ACAUUAUCUUAAAUAACAACAUUGAUCAGUCUUUCGGCAAUUGUCAGUGUCUGGUCGCUGCAAAUAAUGGAGGGAACCGACACUUCUCUAAACGCCGGCAACUUAAAAGUCACCGCCAUCGCCGCCGGUGAAGCCCACACUCUUGCUCUCACUGGUAAUGGACGAGUACAUUCAUGGGGAAGAGGGAUGUUUGGGAGACUUGGAAGGGGUUCAGAGACAGAUGAGCUUUCUCCAGUUGAGGUUAGAUUUGAGACUCCACAAUUCUCAGAUGAAAGGAGAACCAAGAUUGUGGCUGUUGCUGCUGGUGCUUAUCACAGUCUUGCUCUUGCAGAUGAUGGAUCAAUUUGGUCAUGGGGCUACAAUCUCUAUGGCCAACUUGGUUCCGAUGGAGAGAACUCCGCUGUUCCCUGCUUAGUGGAGCAGUUUCUCAAGCCAGAAACGAAGAGUAAUUCCUCACUUAAGAUAUCUUAUAUCAAAGCUGGAGGAAUGAUGUCUUUAGCGAUUGAUAAUCAAGGAGGUGUCUGGAUAUGGGGAAAUUAUCCACAGCAAAGUAGUAGCCCCGAAGAGGGUUUAUCUUUUAUGAGCACUUUCACUCCAAGUCCUGUAAAGGAUUUACUCGGCCACACAGUUGUGAAGGUGGCAUGUGGAACCGAGCAUAUUGUGGCGCUAGUUAGUACUGGAAAAGCAAAUAAAGGAGACGAUGUUCUAUGUUACUCUUGGGGCAGCAACAAACACGGCCAGUUAGGCCUGGGGGACACACAGAGAAGGCAUCACCCCGAAAUCGUGGAAACAUUUAACCAAAAUUCCCCUUGGGAAAUUUAUGAGGUGGCAUGCGGGUCUUUACACACAGCUUUGCUAGCUCGCAAGAAGCCACCAAGCGACACGCAUGAAAGUACAUGUUGGACAUUUGGCCUCGGUGAAAAUGGUCAACUUGGGCAUGGAACCACAAAAAAUGCCGUAUCCCCUCAACAGGUCAAAGGAUUACCUGAUUCUUUAGCUCUAAUCUCAGUUGACUGCGGUUUGUUUCAUACCAGUGUUCUUUCAUCUUCUGGAGAAGCAUGGUCAUGGGGAAUGGAAAGGGGUCUUGGCCUAUGCCCAGGUGCAAGAGUAAGUGCGGUUUCUGGGGAUGCUGUUUUGCCCUUACUGAUUUCAUGUAGUGAACAAAAUGCUAAAUUUGACAAGCCAGUUCAAGUUGCUUGUGGAGCAGCUCAUACUGUUCUUGUAGCAAAUGAUGGGUAUAAGAUGUGGUCUUGGGGCAGGGGAAGGAGUGGGGUUCUCGGAAAUGGAAAGACAGAUGAUUGUCUCUCUCCAACGCCGGUUUUGUGGCCUGAAGUAACAGAGGGUGACAAGCAAGUGGAAACAAAGACUGACAAUGAAGAAGUCAAAACUGAGGAAAAAGAUUCUAAACAAGUUGCUGAAACUGAUGAAAACUUGCCUUCAGCUAUGGAGAAGAUGAAAGUUCUCGAGUCGAGACUCUCAACAAUGGAACAGUAUGCUAGCAUACUUCAUGGUUCAAUUUUCGGGAAACCGUUUGAAGAGAGAGAUAUACCAAUCUCAUUGCAGUAUUCAGGCACUUUUGACGUUGCGAAGGAAUGGGAGAACAUGUUAGAGUUAGCAGACCGAGCUAAGCUGGUGAGAUUGGAGAUGUUCUACCGAAACAUGCUUGCGGGCGUUAAGGAUCAGCUGAUGAAGAAAAGGAUCCAGGAGGUUAUGAAGGAAUGUCUUAAUCCUUCAGCCAGGGGAAACUAAGGUGAAAAAAAUAGGUGUAGAACAGUAUGCAUUGUGUUCCAAAUCCAAUGGGAAUGCAUGUAGUUGACAGUAGUUUCUUUCUGCUAAAAAGUAUUUGGUGGUUUUUGGAUGUUUUUCUUGAUAUGAUUCACUUCCAUAAUAAUAAUACCAAUAAGGACAUUUCCUCUAAAUAAGUGGAGCCUUGUAAGGUGGCUCGAAUGACAGUUUGUAAUAAUAUGGAGUGGUAAUGCUAUAUUCAAUAAUAUUUUUUA